AUGACUAUGACUAUGAUUGAGGCUCAUCAACGUCGUAUGUCGUCAAGAUCGCACAAAACUGAAGACGAACCUGAAGACGUACCUAGGAAAGAACUUGUUCCUCCAUUAUUCACAAAUAAUCACGUAAUGACAGCCAGCAUCGCUGAAUCAGGCUUGUCAACAAUCAAUUCGUAUAUAUUCGGUGUGAUAUCCAUUUUAUUGAACACCUUGCUUAUCUAUGUGAUUCAUAAACGAUGUCCAAAAGUGAUAGGAGCAUAUAAAUAUAUGAUGACUGCUUGUGCAAUUUUUGAUAUUUGUUUUAGUAUUGUGUAUAUAGUUGUAAGUCCGACAUUCGCCGCUACCCCUGAAAUGUCAGCACUACUUAUAGUCAACGGUGGUUUUUUAAUGUCAAGUGAUUGGGGUCUCAUGCUGCUAAUAGUAUUUGUAUGGUUGCUUUGUCAAUCGCUUGUCACACCGGCUUGUCUAUUCGUGUUCCGGUAUCUACAGAUAUGCAGGUCGAAUUACAUUGUUCAACGGGUCCAGUGGCUGCGCUGUUUCCUGAUCGUUCCAUUUCUCACAUCUUCAUCAACGUGUGCUUUGUUAUGUUUUGCUGCUUGGCCAACACAGUUUGAUCUCGAGUAUUUCACAUCAAUAGCUUAUGCUAUUAAUGUUAACGGAAAUACAACAUUCCUCGUCGCUACCUUACACAAUCCUACUAACGCAAAUAUUCUGGAAGCUCUUCAAAGCUACACACUUUAUGCUGCUAUUUUCUGUAUUGUUCUUGUAAUGGUAACGUCAAUGAUAACAAUGAUUUUCUGCUCUAAAAAAAUUAUCUGUGUGGUAAUGCAUACAACCAGCGGAAAUACUCGACAACUUCAUAUUCAGCUAUGUAAAACACUUGUCGCGCAGUCUGCAUGCCCGUUUCUUCUGCUUCACGUCCCGUUCUACGUUUCGAUUCUGGCACCACUUUUCGAAGGUCGCACAGGAGAAGCGUCCAACUACUUCCCGUUCCUCUUCGCCUGGUGUCCAGCGAUCAAUCCUUUGAUUACCAUAUGUUUCAUGAGAGAAUUCCGGCAAUUUAUUCUCUCAUUUUUUAAGAAAACUAUGAUAAAAUCUAAAAGUUCUUUGUUUUUAGUAAGCACAAUGUAA